AUGCCCGAGAUUGUUGGCAAGGAAGUAGGCCCCAUUGGCUUCGGUCUGAUGGGAUUGACUUGGCGAGCGACGCCACCGUCUCAGCAGCAGGCCUUUGAGGCUAUGCGCGCCGCAAUACAUAGUGGAAGUAACUGUUGGAAUGGUGCCGAAUUCUAUGGACCCCCGGAUUACAACAGUCUUGUGCUCUUGGAACGGUACCUCGAGAAAUAUCCGGAAGAUGCCGACAAAAUCAUUCUGAACAUCAAGGGUGGUAUAAACCCCCAAACUCACCAGGUCGACGCCUCGCCGGAGAACACACGCAGAAGCCUAGAUGACUGUAUCGCUCAGUUGAAGGGCCGCAAGCAAAAAAUCGACAUAUUUGAGUUCGGCCGCCGCGACCCAACUGUGCCGAUGGAUGUGAUCUUUGAUUUGAUCGAUAAAGAGUAUGUCCAGACUGGGAAGAUCGGAGGGAUUGGGCUCUCAGAAGUGCGGGCUGAGACUAUCCAUGAAGCCGUUAAACACACCAAGGUGGUGGCGGUAGAGGCCGAACUCUCCUUGUUCACUACCGACAUCUUGGAGAAUGGCGUCGCAGCGGCAUGCGCCCAAUAUGGGAUCCCAAUCGUCGCCUACUCACCCAUUGGCAGAGGCAUGUUAACCGGCCAGUUCAAGAAGUUUGACGACCUCCCAAAGGACUCAUUGUUAUUUUCCUUCAACUUCCCUCGCUUCCAGCAGGGUAACUUUGAGAAAAACCUGCACCUGGUCGAGAAGGUAGAGGAGAUGGCGAAGAAAAAGGACUGCACCCCAGCACAGCUGGCUAUCAACUGGACGAGAAUGUUAUCAAGGCGUCCGGGGAUGCCAACUAUUAUUCCAAUUCCCGGUGCGACAACAGCGGAGCGAGUGAAGGAGAACAGCCAGCUUAUCGACAUCACGGAUGAAGAGAUGGCGGAGAUUGAUGCGAUUUUGGUGAAGUUCACUCCAGCUGGUGGACGAUACCCCGAGAUCAUUCCGACUAAUACAUAG